AUGCGAAUCGCCGCUCAAAUAGCAGAGUAUGCAGCAGCAGCAGCAGCAGCUCCUCGUAGAAUCAUGGUUUACCAAUCUGGGCACGUGCCUGCUUAUCAAGAUUAUAUACUAUUUGGCAGUGUCUCCUAUUUUACACCCGAGCAAAAACCACCUGCCGGGCACCGUCAUUGCAUUAGAGGAAGACGAGCAAAAAGUCCCAAAGCUUUUCGCACCAUUGCAAAUCAGAGGACUGGAGCUCCAGAACCGCAUUAUUGCCAGCGAAUCGGCAUUCAGCUUUCGCAUGCUGGACGCAAAGCAAGCACCGUGGCCCCUUGGUUAAGCAUGUCGCGCGGCCCCGCGGCUCUUAUAAGAAACGUGAAUGGAUUCGAAAAUGAGGGGUUUACACCGGCUCAUGGCUGGCCAGACAAUGUGGUCGCACCUAGCCCCCUCGCUUAUGAAGACAAGAACAUUAUCCCUCGCGAGAUGACCCGGGAUGAAAUCAAGCCAUUGGUUGACGCAUGGGGGGAAGCAACUAAGCGAGCUGUACAGGCUGGGUUUGACGCCAUUGAGAUUCAUGGUGCUCAUGGGUACCUCAUACACGAGUUUCUCUCCCCAGCCUCCAACAAGAGAACCGAUGAUUAUGGUGGCAGCUUCGAGAAUCGGACUCGAUUUGCACUCGAGCUCGUGGAUAUCACUCGCUAA